AUGCAGCUCCCGGCUCUCUCACUGCUGCUGCUCGUCCUGCCAUGGGCAGGGGCAGAUCCGGCCAGCGGGGAGCACGGAGAGGAACUGAGGACCCUGCAGGACCUCCUGGAGGCGCUGGGGCAGCUCUGGGAGGAAGAAGAGGAACCGGAGCUGGAAGAGGAGCCCGUGGUGGGGGCUGAGGAUGAGGGCUCCAAGUGGGACCCCCCGGCACCCAGCCCUCCCCAGCGGGGGCAGGGGCAGAGCCAGUGGAGGAGCCUCCUCUCCUCUUACAGACGGAGACAUUUCUCCAGCUGCUUCGGGACGAGGAUGGAGAGGAUCGGUGCACAGACAGGGCUGGGAUGCAACCAGUACCAAGGCCGUAUCUGGAGGAGACGGAGAAGCUGAAGCCGGGACC